ACUCUUAAUAAAUAUUUUUUGACUGAGUUUUGCGGGGGGUAUGCCCCAUUCUGAAGAAGUUGAUGAUUUUACUGUCUCACUUAUUUUUUCCUUCCAGAAUGCGUUCUGGGUGGGUUUCCUGGAUGGUGGUUCUGCAAGUGAGUGUAAUCAGGCUGGAUUCCUCCAUGACUCAAGGCAGAGACUCUCCAGAAGAUUUUGUGAUUCAGGCAAAGGCUGACUGUUACUUCACCAAUGGGACAGAGAAGGUGCAGUUUGUGGUGAGAUUCAUUUUUAACUUGGAAGAGUAUGCACGUUUCGACAGCGAUGUGGGAAUGUUUGUGGCAUUGACAGAGCUGGGGAAGCCUGAUGCUGAGCUGUGGAACAAUCGGCCGGAUAUAUUGGAGAGGAGUAAAGCUUCUGUGGAUGCACUCUGCAGACAUAACUACAAGCUGGGUGCACCCUUCACUGUGGGGAGAAAAGGUGAGGUGGAAGUGCAACCAGAGGUGGCGGUGUAUCCAGAGAGGACCCCAUCCCUGCAACACCACAAUCUGCUGCUUUGCUCUGUGACAGGUUUCUAUCCAGGGGACAUCAAGAUCAUGUGGUUCCGGAAUGGGCAGCAGGAGAGAGUAGGGGUCAUGUCCACUGGCCUUAUCAGGAAUGGAGACUGGACCUUUCAGACAAUGGUGAUGCUGGAAAUGACUCCUGAACUUGGAGAUGUCUACACCUGCCUUGUUAAUCAUCCCAGCCUGCUGAGCCCUAUUUCUGUGGAGUGGAGAGCUCAGUCUGCAUAUUCUUGGAGAAAGAUGCUAAGUGGAAUUGCAGCCUUCCUGCUUGGGCUGAUCUUCCUUCUGGUGGGGACUGUCAUCUGCCUCAGGGCUCAGAAAGGGUAUAUGGAGACACAGUUGUCUGGUGAUGAGUUGUGUCUCCUUUCUUCCACAUCAAGAGUUCUGGUUUUCAAACACACAGGGAGACCUACAAUUAGAAUAUCCACCUUUACUCAUUUGCUUUUCCUGAAUGAACACACACAGCAGUCUGAGGAUGAUGAUACUUGUGCUACGACCACCAAAAUGAUUACUGAAAACAGUUGAUAUUCCUUUUGCCUCUGUUCUCCUCAUCAUCCUUCCUUUUUAUAGUUGUCCUAUAUCUAUGUUAUGGAUCAUACACCAUUUCAGAAGAUACUUGCUCCCUUUUUAGUCUUAGUGCUGUGAGUAAUGACAUGUUUAAUGAUGACUACUAUUCCUUAUGUCAGUGUCCUUUAAGUGCAGUGGUGCUCCAGUUGUGGUCUAUGGACUCCUGGAGGUCCCUGAGACCCUUUUGGGAAGUCCGAAAGAUCAAAACUAUUUUUAUAAUAAUAAUAAGAUCUUAUUUACCAUUUUCACUGUAUUUGUACUGAUAAUGCAAAGUUUACAGUGGGUAAAACGUUUGGUGCUUUAGUACAAAUCAGGGCAGUGACACCAAAUUCUAUAAGCAGUCAUGGCAUUCUUGACUGCCAUGCACUUGCAGUGAAAAACCCUCAAAAGUGCCAGUUUCACUUAAAGAUAGCCUUGAUGAAACAAUAAUAAUCAUUAGUUUUUACUAACUCUUGAAUCUCAAGUAGGCACCUUUUUAAUAUAUAGUGUGACAAACUAGCAUUUCUGCUGCAAAGUGAUGGAAGGGCAUUUAUUUUGUGGAAAAGCAUUGUGUAAUUGCUUGAGUUGUGGGUGAAACGAGCCACCUCUUCUUUUUUUAAUGGACUGUCAUUUUUCUUGAAAGAAUGACUGACAGACACAGUAUGGUUAUUUGGCCCUGGAUAUUUGGUAGGCAUUUUCUCAAAAAUAAACAGAAGAAGAAUGCCACUUCAAAGAAAAUGAUAUUGACAAUGAAAAUUAGAUUUUCCAGAGAAAAUCAAAAUUUUGGACAACUUGUGUUUGCCACAGGUUCCCCAUAACAAAGGUUUUUGGAUGAGAUUGAUGGUGAUAUUACCAAAUACGAUUUUUUUCAUAUUGUUUAGUGACCCGUGUCAACAUUUUGGAGAUCCGCAUAAUCCUGUGGACCCCCUUCCAAAUGAUCAAUGCAUGAUACUGCAAAAUUAUCACGGAUAGAAGGCCCGCUCAAAGCACAAGGUAGACCAAUGAAUUUUAACAUAACAUAACAUGAAAAGACCACUGAUAAGAUUUCAGAUUCCACAUUGUAACUAAUUUGUAAAGAUUUAUCAUUUGUUGAGUUGUAGUAUCUUAUCAAAGAAGAAUAUACACAAUAGCUGAAAGGCUAUUAAAAUUCUUCCCCUCUUUCCUAUUACAUAUCUGAGUGCAACCACAUUUUCUUCAUGCAUUUUAACUAAAACAACAUAUUACAGGCUAAAUGUAGAAGAAUACACGACCAAGUGAAUCAGUACUAAGUGAGAUAUUAAAAAGAUUCUUUUAAUGUAAAAUAAUUCAUUUUCUCUCACCAUAUUUUUGUGCUAGAAGAUAUAGCUACUUUUCAUAAAUAUGUUAUUUAUAUUAAUAUAUAAUGGGUUUAUCACUGUUCUUUAUACAAAUGUUAAAAGUUUUUCAGUUUUAAUUUCUAAUGUGAUGAAUAUUGCUUCACAUAACCCAUAUAAACUAAAGCUCUUUGGAGUUCUUAAUAAUUCUUAAGAAUGUAAAGGGGUCAUGAUACCAAAAGUUGUGAACUACUGAUGUAAUCAUUGUGGUUGUUUGAAGCUCUUUCUUGAGUUACUUGCUAAGAAGAGCUCAAGGAAGUCCUUAUAUUUAACAGACUUCCAGUCAGUUUUGCUGGAUAUAAAAAACCUUCGUUCCUAUUUUCUGCUCUUGAAUACCUUAAUAAUGUUACUGCAUUUUCAGGUAACAUUGCUAUCAAAAAGUCUGAUAAUAACCUAAUUAUCAAGUCAGUUAUUGUUUUUGCUGAGAUGCCUAAGUAGCAUUUUCUUUUUCUUUAAUGUCCAGAAAUUUUAUUAGAAUAUAUCUUGGUUUUGGUCAUCUUGGUGAGUUUCUCAAAUAAGCCAUAUAGUCUUUCAAUAUAUGGCUCAAUCUUUUUUUUUUUAAUUUUAGGAAUGUUUUAUUGAGUUAUAUUUUUUAGUA